AUGGGUGACAAAUACAACAGAAGUUCAUCGAAAUCACUAAACGAAAGCUUUGACGUGUUUGAAGAUGAUGGCCAGGAGAGAGCCCCAAGCGAAUUGGAAGAUUCUUUCGAUGUUUUCGAAGCUUCUUUCUCUCAUAUACCAUUAGAAAGCACCGCGUCAACUAAUGAUUUUCACGAGAGAUUAAAUAGAUCAUUCUCAUCAAAUGUAUCAAGACUCACCCAAAGUACUAACAGACCUGUAUCAACCACAUCUCGCGCUACUCCUGAUGAUUCAUUCGAUGAAACAAUGGUUUUCACGAUAUCCUCGGACUCCUCAGACACUGAACUCGAUACGACAUUCGCUACGGAAAAUACUUCUGGAACAUUUUCUCCCCCAAAUUGCGUCACCCCAACAAUACUAACUUCGACUCCGAUCCCACCUGAUGCCUCCACUACGCCUCGCACACCAUCAGCACUGCGACCUAUCUCAAGAUGUUCAGUGGUUUUAACAUCUACUCCAAUACCACCAGAUGAUUCUUCAACUCCUGUCCGUGCAUCUGCAACGUCGUCCUCUACUCGUAGAUCUCAAAAAAUACUAGAAUCUGUCACGAGAACUUCUCGAGUGAUUACGUCUACCCAAAUACCUGUACGAACUCCGGUGAAGACAAUGAGCGUUGUACAGACAGAGAAUGUGGAUACUCCAGCUGGAACACCUCUGAAAUCAACAACACAGUUGACAGCGUCUGCAGUUCAACCUGAAGGGGAAGUUUUCAAAGCCGAGCUUGCGAAUACAAGCUUCUCUCAGGCUCAUGACAGUUCAUUUGAUGAAAUCGACGCCUCGGCUUAUGGAACCACCAACUUGGAUGAUCUUAGUUUACCUGGGCCAUCAACAUCAACCAGCUCAGACAUUCCUGCUGAUAUGAAGGUUCCCAUUGAUCUAAAAAAGCCUCACGAGGACUUCAGAAGGAAACGUGAUCAAAUCGCAGCAAUUAUGAAUUCAGAAGACCCUGAUGUCGGAAUGGGGGAGCGAUAUGGUUCUUACAUGCAUCUGAAGAAAACAAAACUGCAAUAUCAAGUUAAUGUACUUGCAAAGCCAAAAUCUACUGUUUCCAAGUUGUUCGAAGGGAUAUCCAUUUUCGUAAAUGGACACACAGAUCCAUCUGCUCUUGAGCUCAGAGAGUUAAUACAAGCUCAUGGUGGGGAAUAUCACUGCUACCUAGAGUAUGGAACAACUACCUACACUAUCGCUUCUUCGCUAGCGGCAGCGAAAGUGAAUAAAGCUAGAGUUAAUGAAAUAUUCUUGUUACCCAGCUGGAUUGUGGAUAGCAUAUCGGCUGGAACCAAACUUCCUAUUCACAAGUACAUACUCCACUCGGGAAGCAUUGAGAAAGCAUCAUCAAGUAAAGCCAUCACUAACUUUCUUAAGAGACCAGAUUCAUCACUGAGUGAUACUUCUACUAAAAGUAACUAUGAAGAACCUAUUCUUGAUGCUCGUGAUCCAAACUUUCUACAACAGUUUUAUUCAAGAUCACGUCUUCAUUUAAUCUCAACAUUAGCUCAAGAGAUGAAAGAUUACAUUAACGUUCUACGAGAAGACAAUGACUUCAAGUGUUCGCGUUUGGAUGAAAUUGACUUGAAAAGUGAGGAUGAAGGUCCUAGUGAACCCGUCUUUUUCCACGUUGAUUUAGAUUGUUUCUUUGUUUCUGUUGCUUUAAGAAGUCGCCCAGAUUUGAUUGGUAAGCCCGUAGCUAUCACUCAUAGCAAGGGUUCCGCUAAUGCUCCUGGAAUGUCUGAAAUCGCUUCAUCCAGUUAUCCAGCGCGUGCUUUAGGGUUGAAGAAUGGAAUGCUGGUACGCGAUGCUCUGAAAUUGUGUCCAUCUCUGAUAUGCUUGCCAUACAGCUUCGAUGAGUAUCGGGAAGUUUCGAAGACAAUUUAUACUAUCGUAGCAAGAUAUUGCAAAGAAAUAAAAGCCGUGUCUUGCGAUGAGAUGUAUAUCAAUUUUUCAAGAACAUGCCGAGAAAGACAUAUCUCUGAUAUAUUAAAGUUGGCUGAAAGUAUACGUGCUGAUGUUCGUCAGGACACUGGAUGUUCUGCAUCAGUUGGUAUUGGACCAACCGUCCUUAUCGCCAGGCUCGCUUCACGGUAUGCUAAGCCAGACGGUGUUCGUUGGGUUCAACAACACGAAGUUGUGUCUUUCAUUGCCAAAGAAAAAAUAUCGAAUUUGCCUGGUAUUGGUUAUGCGAUGAUGGCGAAAUUGGUAGAAGUUUUUGGAGAGUUAGAGCUGUGCCGAGAUCUGCAGGGUAUAUCAGAGACCGAACUGACCGGUUUGUUUGGAAAGAAAGUUGGAACACAGAUUUAUAAGCUAUGCCGAGGUGAAGAUAGUUCAGAGAAAGAUUUCCUUGAGAGUACUGUACGCAAAUCUGUAUCAUGCGACAUUAACUAUGGUAUUCGUUUUACAAAGCGAGAAGAAGUCGACAGAUUCCUUGGAGUUCUGGGUGCGGAGUUGGAGAAAAAGCUGGAUUCUUGCAAAAUGGUGACUGGGUCGUUAACUCUCAAGCUUAUGGUGAGAAGUGCUCAUGCUCCCGUAGAGACCGCAAAGUAUCUAGGACAUGGAAGGUGUGAUACAAGCAGCAAAAGUGUUUUGUUCAAAGUUCCCACCAAAGAUCAGAAUUUUUUAACACAGGAAGCAAUUAAGCUUAUGAAUCAAAUGAGUCCAACUGUGGAGGAUUUGAGAGGAAUUGGUUUACAAUGUGGAAGAUUGAAGUCCGAAAAAGGACCCAGUAACACCGAGAUGGAUAUGCGUUCAUUCUUCCGAGUUCGUCGUCCGCCACAACAACAGCCAAAAAACAUAGAGCCUUUAGUUUCAUCCAAAAUAAGGAAGUCUAAGUUCGGCGGAAUUGUUGAAAGAGAUAUACCUAUGGCAAACGCUAAGCCGGUACUGUUUGGUGAAUCUGACUCAUUCCAAAUCCGACAAGUUCUGAAGGAAAUGCUGCUUUAUGAACCAACAGAGUCAGUUGUGUUUGCCAUUGUUGAUUAUCUUUAUGAGCUAAUGGCAAGUGGAUAUUUGGAUAAUCUGCUUUCAAUUGCAAAAUUUCUCAAUCGCAUGGUCUAUGGAAACGAUUGUCACGAGGGAUGUAAUUUGAUUAGCCUUCAAGCCAUGAACCACAAUAGAAGAUCAGAAACAUCUUCCUCCUCAUCUACUUUAUAUUCUACAAUGGCUGUGAAGAAAAUUCAAGUUUUUAAAAAUGGAGACGUUCAUCAUCCAGGAAUACGAGUAGUCAUAAAUCGAAAGCAAGUUCAUGAUCUUGAUGUUCUAUUCAUCGCUCUGACAGAACGUAUCGAUUUGCCAUAUGGAGUAAAGAAAUUAUACACAACAGGUGGGAAGAGCAUAAAGUCCAUCGAAGAGUUGGAGGAUGGAAAGGAUUAUAUUGCCUCUUCUAACAUUUUCAUUCCAAUACAUUAUGGGAGUAAUAGCCGAAUACAUUCAUCUGUUCGCAAAUCAAGAAGCUUGGAGCCAGAAGCUAGAAAGAAAUUGAAGAAAAAGCGCGCUUCGUCCACGAAGCGGUUAUCGCAUCCACCGGAAAAGGAAGUAGCUGUCAGGCCUGCAGCGGUUGAUGAGAAUUCUAUUAAGAAGAAAACAACUAAAAAGUUAGUUGUGAAAGAAAAGAAAAUAGCUGAAAUUGAUUCAAAAAACAAUAAAAAGAAUAAGAAUGACGAGAAAGCAAAGAAGGCGCCCAGAAAGCCUGAACAGAAAGUGGAAAGCAAGAAGAAAGACCUGGACAUUUUAGUUUUACCUACGAAAUCGUCCUCUACAACUAGGAGUUCGUCAGUAAAAAAGAAAGAGGUUAAUAAGCCCAAAACUGCGGACUCGCAAAGGAAGAAGAGAGAAAGUGAAGAGCAGGUUAUCGAAAAAGUUGAGAAGAAAGAGCCAAAACAGAAGGAAGAGGAAGAAAGUGAGGCGGAAAAAGUGACAGAAGUUGAAAAGAAAGAUGACCACUCCAACGAUGAAGAUGAAGAAGUUGACGAUGAAGAAGAAGAAGAAGAAGAAGAAGAAGCAGAGGCAGAAGAUGAGAAUGACGAAGAAGAAGAUGAAGAUCACGAUGACGAAGAUGAUGAAAAAGAAAAUGAAAAGUCAAAGAGAAAUGCAAAGGAAGACGGUGGAAAUGAAUGA